ACCACCAAGCAAAGUUUCUUCACAACAGAAUCCCGCGUUCUACGCGGUGGACGGAGGGUAAACAAUCUCGGAUUCUACCUGCGACAAACAAAUACAUUCUACAUCACCCCGGUGACCCUAUACACCAGCUAUGGGGAACCGAGGCAUCCCAGGCCUUCUGGCCGCUUUCCUCUGCCUUCUGUACCUAGGGGUGGGGUCGGCUAGCGACCCUCCAUUCGGUUCACCUGCACGGUGCAUGGAGCCACCGAGCUGGUCUCUCCGUGGAAGACAUCCCAUGCUGGAGAGCCGAGGUCAAGUGACGGUGGUGGCGCUGUUGCAAGCCAGCUGAGGUUUCUGCCUGACGCAGGCCCAUUACUUGGAGGUCAUGCGCAGGCAGUACAUCUCCCAACACAACAUCACCGACAUCAACUUCAUCGUGAUCAAUGCAGGCGACCUACGAUCUCGUCUCAACUAUUACAGGCUCUAUCGGUUGGGUUACUUUGAUCUGUAUCAGGAUUAUUCAUCAGAGACAGCUCCCGAGGAGAACGUCUGGAGCCUCCUUGACGGAGCCAAGGACGAUUUCUUGAUAUAUGACAGGUGUGGUCAGUUGACAUAUCACAUCCCUAUGCCAUACUCUGCUCUGAGGUAUCCUUUCAUUCAGAUCGCCAUCGAGUCCACCUACACUGGAAGGCACCCCUGCAACUGUUCAGCCGAUGAGCCGACAACCACAGCGAUGCCAUCAACAGAGAAGGCUGCAACAACGAUAGCAUCUACCACACCUACCCCAGCCCCACAAAACGCCCUCUGACAGGAAGAGGAGCUUGCGGCAUGCCGUGAGCGACAACAACAACAACAACUACUACAGGAAGAGCGGGGAGAUGCAGUCAGCACUGAUAGACAGAACUGAUGCUGAUGCUGAUCCGGGGAGGUCCGCUUGGCUUCCUGACGUCCACUCGCUGGGGUAUCAUCCCAGCUGAGCAGGAUCCGUGGUGGAUCCAGGUGAUGCUGACCUUCCCAGGAGAGCGAGGUCGCCGCCGCCGCUCCCUCGCAGUCCAACUCCCAUUCAACCCCCUCCACGUCCACUCAAUCAUGACAGCCAUGAGACCCAGCAGUAACAACAACAUCACCAUGACGUCAGGGUCAAGGUCAACUGUGACAGGAACAGCCCUCAGACAGCUGACGACCUUGAGACACCGCCACCACAGCGGCACCAUGACGUCAGGGUCAACUCUGAGACACCACCGCCACCACAGCGGCACCAUGACGUCAGGGUCAACUCUGAGACACCACCGCCACCACAGCGGCACCAUGACGUCAGGGUCAACUCUGAGACACCACCGCCACCACAACGGCACCAUGACGUCAGGGUCAACUCUGAGACACCAUCGCCACCACAGCGGCACCAUGACGUCAAGGUCAACUCUGAGACACCACCGCCACCACAACGGCACCAUGACGUCAGAGUCAACUCUGACAAGGUCAAAGAUCAUGUCGUCAGUGACAGUGAUAAACAGUUUGAUUAAAAGGACCACAGUAAUUUCAGUUUCAUAAAACAUGUUUUAGGGUAUAUAAAGAAAUACCAUAUUAAAAAAGUUACCCCAAAUCGUAAUCUUUCUAAAGUUUGACAAAAUUGUUUUUUUGUUAUGGAAAAUCAUAAUGUAAUUUUACAUAUAAACAAAUUGAAAAUAUAUGACUGAAACACAGGUGAUAGUAAAGAAACAGACUGAAAUAUGCAAAUUAACAGGAAUAGUUUUGAAAAGUGGUCCAUUCAAUUACAGUACCCAUCUCUGUCGCGUAACAAUGGAUUGCCUAUCCCUAGCCAUUCAUGAUGGUAAACAGACAAACCGAAAGGCUCUGCUACCGGAAUACAUUGCAGUGCUAGAAGGGCAUGCAAUCCACUGUUCGCAAAAAACCUUUCUUAUGGGAAGGAUUAAUAAACAUUUAAACGUUAUUUGUGUUAUUAUAUGCCAGUAUAUAAACUAUGAUUGUGAUUGAUAUUUAGAUAUAUGAUUCUGCCAAGUUAAUAUCCACCCCCUCCCUCUCUUUCUCCCCUUCUCUUUUUCUCUAUCUCCUUCUCUCCCCUUCUCUCUAUUUCCUUUCCCCCUCCCGUUAUCUCCAUAUAUCUCUAUUUCAGUCUCUGUCUCUAGAUCCUCUCGUAUCACUUAUCUUCUCUACCUUCAAAUCGUCGAGUGUCCGAAGUUCCCUUCUCUUCAUAAGAUAACAAGGAUACAAUUUUCCUGAUUCUGAGUAUUUGAUUCUAGGUUUAGUGAGCAAAAAUAUUAUUCAAUGUAUCUAGUUCAACACAUUACUGAAUCUACAAAUUGUAUUAGUUUAGUAUUUUCAUUUACGUGUGCUUUCAACCCAUCUUGGAUGCAAUAAUGAUAGGUUAUAUAAUAAUGUAAUGUAUUCGGAUGUAAUGUUUGUAUUCCAUUAGAACAUUUCAACCAUAAACUCAUCUCGUCCUAUAUUGUGAUGUCCUAUCUUUUUUCGGGAUCAUUGUGUUUCAUUUUUUUCUGAUAGAACUUUUUUUUAAUAGAUAGUUUCAUCGGGUGCUUUGGGUCUAUUAAUUUGUGUAAACGAAAACUAAACGUGGAUAUUCAUGGUCGUAAUACACUAUUCAUAUAGUGUCAUCUUUG